AUUACUGUUUCAGCUCAGUCUGCAUCUAAGAGGGAACCUAUAAGCGCAUCAGAGAUCUUCCCAAGCGUAGACUCUCAAGCUCUUAACAUACCUCAAGGCGCACCAACAUUAACAUAUCAGAGUCUCACCAGCUCCACCAGCUUCCGCCUACUUCAGAUCCAAUCAAAUGGGGGGCAAGAUAUCCUGCGCUGCAGGAUGUUUGAUGCUGAUCUUGCUGCGCAAGAAACUCCCCGAUAUAUUGCCUUGUCCUAUACAUGGCACGAGGAGACUCUGCCCAAGACUUUCCGGCCUGUGUUGAUUAACGACAAAUACCUCAACGUUAGCCUGAAUCUCUGGAAUUUCCUCCAGAAUUACCGCGAAACAGCCGGCGAGCGCAUCAUCUGGAUUGAUCAGAUAUGCAUCAACCAAGAGGACAAGGAUGAGUGCGUUCAGCAAAUAGGGCAAAUGUGUGAGAUCUAUCAGCGUGCUUCUAUGGAUCUCUUUUGGAUCGGCGAGCCGGACGAGGAUACAGAGGCGGUCUUAGAUCUGCUGUCAUCUCUAAAUCGUUUGGAGACUCAUCUCCUUGAAUCUGGAGGUUCCCACCCUGGGAUCAGCGCUCUGCUCAACCCUAUCUUUAUGAGGAGUGUCGGCCUACCAGAGCAUGAUGCACCAAUAUGGGCGUCUCUCAUGAAGUUCAUAUCGCGAUCCGCGUUUCAUCGAGCUUGGAUCAUCCAGGAAGUUGCAGUAUCACGGAAACCAGCCAUAUUCUGCGGACUGUUGAUGCUACCAUUUGACGUUGUUGGAAGGGCUGCAACGUUCCUCGUUGAGAGUUCUUGGAUCAAGCUCUUCCACCAGAUUUACAAGGUCUCUGGUGCAGCAGGCUUUAUUACGGGUAUGAUGAACUGUCGUGUGCGACAUCAGGAAGGAGAGCAUCAGAGCUUAGAUCUUUUGCUUGCAUCGACUCGGCGUUUCAAAGCUACCAAACCAGUGGACAAGAUAUUCGCACUGAUAAAUCUAGCAGAGAGCGGGAGAAACGAAGCGCUACCACCAGCACUUAGGCCAGAUUAUCGAAAGUCUGUUGUCGAAGUCUUCCGAGAUGUCACUCUUCACCUCAUCCGCCAAGGCUCCCUUGACAUUUUUUCGGGUGUCGAAGAUGUAAAAUUUCGGCAGAUUCAUCAGCUUCCAAGUUGGGUUCCAGACUACAGCGUACAUCAAGUUGCCUCUAUUCUCUGCAUGCCACCACGACCUGGAUCCCUGACCUUGUAUGCCGCUGCAGCAGGACGAGAUGUCAGUGUUCAGCAUUCGCCUUCUGACCCAAACACCCUGACAUUGUCAGCAUACAAAGUUGACAAGAUAUCCAAGAUAUGUCCCAUCGCAGAGCAGUCGAUCUACGACACCUUAGAGAAGUGGGCGAGUAUGGUUGAUUUCAGUGCAGCGUACCCCAUCGUCAAUGGCGAGUCCGGUUCUAUGAUUGAUGCAUUUUGGCGCACGCUUAUCGGGAAUAUUGGCCUUGGAACAAGUUGUUACCCAGUGAGCGAAGACUGGGUUCACAAGUUUGCUGCGUUUGCUCUGCAGUCCCGGGAGGAACUCCAGGGGCAUUUUGCGAAUUUGGCCGAUAAUCAAAGUGCAGACAUCGGGAGCUUGACACCUGGUAUCGACUCAAUCCUUCAUUUAUUACAGGAUGUCAAUCGCGAAAAGGAGGGUUUAGAUCAAAGUGGACUCUACGAAAGUACUAUGCAUCAUGUUUCUUGGCAUAGAAGAUUAUUUCUUACACAAGAGGGUUACUUGGGACUCGCACAUCCAUCUACGCAAGCAGGUGACGAAGUGGUACUUCUGUCAGGUGGGCGUGUACCUUUUGUGGCCCGGAAAAGCAGUGUGGACAGCCACGACUGUUAUUAUAUUGUAGGGGAGGCUUAUAUCCAUGGAAUCAUGGAUGGGGAACUUUUAGGUACUGUCGAUGGGAAGUGGGUAGACUUACACUUUCAAUGA